AUGAAGGGAACACGUUCAAAAGAAGACAUAACAAAUGAUGACGCCAAAAUUUAUAUCAAAGAAAUAAAGGCUGCGUUUAAAGACGAGAAACACAAGUUCAACGAGUUUUUAAAAACUAUGAAAGAUUUCAAGAAAAAAAGAACUAACUUAGCAUGUAUGCUGGAAAGAGUGAAGGAAUUGUUUGAAGGGCAUCGAGAAUUGUUAUUGAAAUUCAAUACCUUCUUGCCAGAGGAAUUUGAGAUUACACCUCCACAAGAAAAGCCAAACGUGGAUAUAGAAUACGCUAAGAAAUAUUUGGCCAAAGUCAAGACUAGAUUUCAACAUGAUCCUGAUGUUUACCAAUCGUUUCUAGCCAUAAUGAAUAUGUAUAGAAACAAAGAAAAGAGUGGUGAAGAGAUUUCACAAAUGAUUAUUUCACUUUUUGAAGACCAACUUGAUCUCAUUGAUGGGUUUAUUGAAUUUCUUCCAUGA